AUGGUUCUGCAGCCCUGUGGCUGCACAACCAUUUAUUGUAUAGAAGUAUAUUCUAAGACACCCUUUAUAGAAGUAUAUUCCGAGACACCCUGUGUAGAAGUAUAUUCUAAGACACCCUGUAUAGAAGUGUAUUCCAAGACACCCUGUUCAGUAGUAUAUUCCAAGACACCCUGUACAGUAGUAUAUUCCAAGACACCCUGUAUAUACGUGUAUUCCAAGACACCCUGUAUAGACGUGUAUUCCAAGACACCCUGUACGGUAGUAUAUUCCAAGACACCCUGCAUAGACGUGUAUUCCAAGACACCCUGUAUAGACGUGUAUUCCAAGACACCCUGUAUAGAAGUGUAUUCCAAGACACCCUGUAUAGAAGUGUAUUUCAAGACACUCUGUAUAGACGUGUAUUCCAAGACACCCUGUAUAGAAGUGUAUUCCAAGACACCCUGUAUAGAAGUGUAUUCCAAGACACCCUGUAUAGAAGUGUAUUCCAAGACAGCCUGUAUAGAAGUGUAUUCCAAGACACCCUGUAUAAAAGUGUACUCCAAGACACCCUGUACAGUAGUUUAUUCCAAGACACCCUGUAUAGAAGUGUAUUCCAAGACACCCUGUAUAGAUGUGUAUUUCAAGACACCCUUUAUAGACGUGUAUUCCAAGACACCCUGUACUGAAGUAAGUUAUGAAUGUUCAACAGGAGAAAUAUCAUUCGAUAAAAUAUUCAACCAGAGGCUGGGGUACUUACUCUUUAAGGAUUUCUGUAAUAACGUGGCCCAUGAACAAGUAACUCAGUUUAAAUUCUACGAGGAAAUUAGAAAGUUCGAGAAGAUUGACAGCAACGACGACCGCAAGAAAAAAGCGCGGGAAAUCUACGACACGUUCAUAAUGCGGGAACUACUUUCAAAUUCAGGGCUUUACUCUAAAGAUUCAGCAGAAAAUGUACAAAAACUUCUUCAACAGGUUGAGGUUCCCCAGAAUCUGUUUGACUCGUAUAUUGAGGAGAUAUUAUCCUACCUCAGAGGAGAUAUUUUUAAUAGAUAUGUAGACAGUGAUAAAUUUACCAGGUUCUGUAUGUGGAAAAACCUAGAGCUAAAUAUUCAACUCACAAUGAACGAUUUCUCAGUGCAUCGUAUAAUUGGUCGGGGUGGGUUCGGAGAGGUUUAUGGAUGCAGGAAAGCAGAUACCGGGAAAAUGUAUGCAAUGAAGUGUCUGGACAAGAAGCGGAUUAAGAUGAAACAGGGAGAAACAUUGGCGUUGAACGAGAAUGUUAUGCUUUGUUUAGUAUCUACAGGUCAUGACUGUCCGUUUAUUGUGUGUAUGACCUACGCGUUCCAUACUCCAGACAAACUCUGCUUUAUUCUUGAUCUCAUGAACGGAGGAGACCUUCACUACCAUCUCUCACAGCACGGUGUAUUUAACGAGAAUGAGAUGAAGUUCUACGCAGCUGAAGUAAUUCUUGGUCUUGAUCAUAUGCAUAGAAGAUCGAUUGUAUACCGGGAUCUUAAACCUGCAAACAUUUUGCUGGAUGAAAGUGGUCACGUGAGAAUAUCCGAUCUGGGACUAGCCUGCGAUUUCAGUAAAAAGAGACCGCAUGCCUCUGUUGGAACACAUGGAUACAUGGCCCCAGAGGUUCUAUCUAAAGGAACUGCGUAUGACUCCAGUGCUGAUUGGUUCAGCUUCGGUUGUAUGCUUUAUAAAUUACUCAAGGGGCAUAGUCCUUUCAGACAGCAUAAGACAAAGGUUGGUUUAAAGACUUCUUCCCGUUUUUUCUUAAAAUAUCUAAUUGUUGUUGUUGAUGACAAUGAUAAAGACCGAGGCAUAUACAGGGAUAAGGAGGGGGCUAUUAGAGAUGUGGAUAAACGAUUAGGCUGUUGUGGGAAAGGAGCAGAAGAAUUAAAAUCUCAUCCAUUCUUUUCAGGAGUGGAUUGGACACAGGUUUACCAGCAGAAGUAUCCCCCGCCGUUGAUCCCUCCAAGGGGAGAGGUAAACGCUGCAGAUGCAUUCGACAUUGGAUCCUUUGAUGAAGAGGAUACCAAAGGAAGAGGAAACCUUAAAUAUCUCUACUUUAUGACUUCUUACAUUUACAUAUUGUUGCAGGUGGCUGAGACUGUAUUUGACACAAUCAAUAACGACUACGACAAGAAGGAACAGAACAGACGGAAACCAAAGUCCAAGUUUGGAUCAGAUGAGAAGGAAUCUGAUAUUCUACUUUAUGGUUACCUCAAAAAAUUGGGUGGUCCGUUUGCACAGACCUGGCAGACACGAUACGCCAAGCUAUAUCCCAAUAGGCUGGAACUACAUUCUGAUAACAAUAAGCCAGAGUUGAUAUUUAUGGAGCAAAUUGAAGAUGUCAAUACAGAACUUCAACAGGUUAAAAGUGAACAGAGUAUCAUUCUGCGGACUAAAGAGGGUAAAAUCGUCCUCACCAACUCGGACGAAAUUGGGCUAAAAGAAUGGUCAAUGCAGCUGUUAAAAACCCUACGGGACUCCAAGGAGCUUCUUUCUGGCUUGAGAAAAGCGGGAAAAAUUUACGGAACACGAGACGGUAGUUUACCUACAAACUAGAACAAUCCACCGCGGCAUUCGUGAACAUGAUUUCCCGCGUCUUUGCAAAAUGUUUAUAAAGAUGGCCGAUAGAAAAGACAGUUCAAAUAAUCUAUGUCAAUAAUUAGGUUCCCUACAGUCAAAUUUGUGCUUCCCCCUUUCCUCCCCCCCCCCCCCCAUCCCAUCCAUUCAUCCUAAAUUCUCUAGUUGCCUGUUUUUGUGCCAAAAUAGUUGUUUGUUAGAUUUUCACCUUCUAAAAUUCAUAUUGUUUUUCAAAAACAAUCAAGUCUUACAUAAACUUAAUAUUCUUAAACUUUCCAUUUUUCCAUUUACAAAUGUAAAAUAAUUCCUAGCUUUAAUCCAAUGUAUCAAUUUACACUUUUACAAAGCAAUAUGUACUUUUAUGAGUUAUGACGAUCUGUAUGUUAACGGCUGGCUGAUUAGACUGUUACAUUGUGGGUUAAUCAAUCAUCCAGUUAGUCGGUCAGUUAGCUGAUCUAUUAAGUUGGUCUGUUUGAGGUUCCGUCAGUUUGUUGGCUUAGUGAUGAUUGUGUCGGUGGGUCAACCUGUCAGCUGCAUAGUAAAACAGUCAGCUUGUCAGUAAGUCCGUUAGUGGGUCAGCUAGUCCAUUGCAGGUCUGCUAGUCUGCCAAUCCCAAUCAUUAUUAUUUAUGGUCCCUCAUGUUCAAAUGAAAUAUUGUCUUAAGA